UUAGCGUCGUUUGCUUGUGAUUGUGUUUGUGUGCAUACUGGAUAGACAGAUAGGGUGACGCCACCCAGUGCCCAGUGGCAAAUAACGUCCACAGUGAGCGUUCAGUGUUUGAGAAUUUGCCGCAAUGGCCACACUCUCUUUUCACUCCAUUCCUUUCUCUUCUUCUACACUCCCCACUCCUUCCUUUUCUUCUUCUUCUUCUUCACUUGCUUUUCGCACCUUCUUCCCCUUCCAAAAUUCCAAGCUUUUUCUUCCUCGGCGGGCACGCACAACCUGCAACAACACCAACAACAACCGUAGAAGUAGGUGGUUAUUCGUUACCAAAGCUGUUGAAGAAGAGGUUCAACAACAGCAACAACAAGAAGAAGCCACCACCGAACAACAACCCGUUGUUGUUCCCGUUUCUCCGUCUGAUACUCUCACCAUGUUUUUUCAGGCAGAGGGAACAAUGAGUGAAUCAGCCAUUCCAACCGUAUCCAAGGCCUUAGAGGACAUAGAGGGUGUUGCAAGUUUGAAGGUUCAGGUUCUUGAGGGACUCGCAACUGUUGAGUUGAAGAAGCAGACAACUGUCCAAGCAACAGGUGUGGCUUCUAGUUUGGUGGAAACAAUACAGGGUUCGGGUUUCAAAUUACAGACACUGAAUCUGAGUUUUGAUGAAGAAUAUGUUGCAGCUGAAUAAACUAUUGUGUUAUUUAAGAACACCGGAGAUGGAGAAAAUGCAUCUAAAAAUUAGAAGGGAAAAAAAAAGUGUGUAUUUAUUUUUCCUUGUAAAAGCCUACUUUCAUAUUGCUGACCGAAUGUAGCAUGCACAGUUGAACGUGACAUAAUUUGGCAACAACUAAAUGUAGUGUUGGAUCUUAUUUUUGGCA